UGAUAGAUUAUAGCAGAGAAACAAGAACAGGACCAAUCGAGAGUUUAGCCAAGUUUCCACGGAGAACAGGUCCAUCAUCUGCACUGCCUGGUCCUUCUGCUCAGCAGCCCAAUGAACAGCCAAGGCAGCAGCAGCAUCAAUCAGUUGCCCAGAUUGCAAACAAGGAUCAGAGUUGUGGGCAAAGCUCAUUAAAUUAUGCCUUCAAUGCAGCUUCGGCAUCCACCUCCACAGGCAGCAUCCACCAAAAUUCGAUGAAGCAAAGAAAUCAGAAUGCUGCUUACAAAACUCCAAGCAGUCCAUAUGGUGGAAUCUCAAUUCAGAUGCAGUCACCAAGCAACUCGGGUACCAUGGCGCCAUCAUCCCAGCAACAACACAACCUGCCAUCGUUUCAGUCUCCAACUUCCUCGUCUAACAACAACUAUCCAUCUCAAAACGGGAUAACAUCUAUUAAUAAUCACAUGGGUUCCACAAACUUACCAGCCAUUCAACAGGCUGCGGCUGAUGAAGCAAAUGAGUCUAGCUCGGUGCAGAAGAUUCUUAAUGAGAUCCUGAUGAACAACAACCAAACUCAUAAUACCUCAGGAGGAGGAGGGCAUGAGUCUUUUGGGAAUGACGGAAAGGGAGGUCGCAAUGUGAGUAGCUCUGGUGUUCUGAUGAUGAACAACGGUCAAGUGAACACAAGUAUUGGAGGGUUUGGAAUGACUAAUAUUAACGGGAACAAUGGUCUUAUGAAUGGAAGAGCUGGGAUGAUGGUGAGAGAUCCAAACGUGCAACAGGAUGUUGGAAACCAACGCUUAGGGGGUGCAGUCAAUGCUUUCAACAAUUUUCAGUGUGAUUGGAAUGUAUGAUGAAGAUGACUUGUGAGAGACUCUUAAUACGGGUAAUGUUCUCUGCUUUCAAAGCUCAUCACAAACUCAGGAUAAGCUAUGCUGUGCUUAAGAAAAGGAAGAGUUAAAAAUCUUC